AUGCUCCCUCGACAAUUGCUCGCACGCGCUGGACGACUCCGAACAUCAUCUCCUCGUAUUUUAAUAGCUCAUAAUCGAGUAAACAGGUUACAGCCAUCGCCUGCAUCUUCCCUUCAUUCGUCUGCGUCGCGAAAGUCGAACGAGCCGCCAAAGUCGCCCUUUCAAACAUUUGUUGACGUCCUCAAAGAAGAGCUCCAGAAGAGCAGAGAACUUCAAGAGGGCGUGAAACAGCUCCAGGGCGAUGUUGACAAAUUGCAAGAUUCAGAAGCUCUCAAACGAGCUCGCGAAAUGUACGAACGCGCAAGACUCACGUCUUCGAUUCGUGAAAAUCCGCGUCUACGAGCAGCAGCAGAUGAACUGAAGAGAACUGGAGGAAAGAUUGGAGAUGCCGUUGGAGAAGCCAUAAAAUCCUUGGACGAGAGUGAUUUCAUGCGUAGAAUGAGGGAAGCAUCCUCAGCUGUAGCAAAUACAGUUUCAACGGCAACUGAGCCUAUUCGCAAAACUGAAGCGUACAAGGUGCUUGCAGACACCGUUUUGGAAGCCCUGGACGACAGUGGAACUGCAAAACAUGCAGGGUAUGAAGAAAAGGAAGCGAGGAGACUGCGAAGGCAAAAAAGAUUGGCCAAGGCUGGCAAAUCUGGAGGCAUUGGCAAGGCAAGAACCGUCGAAAAUCCAGAUGCCGGAUCUGCUAUGGUUCUUCACAAGGACUCGGAGAAGCGAGAGAAGUGGGAUAACUUGAAGGAGACGAAUCCAAUUCUCCGCGGACUGGUCAACUUGCGAAAGGCGUACGACGAGUCCGAAAACCCGGUUAUUUCAUCUGUGCGCGGAGUGACAGAAUCAGUGUCCUCAUUCCUGUUCGACGAGACGGAACAAGCGCAAGUAACUAGACUGUUGAAGAUGAUGGACCCGUCCUACGACCCGGAGACGUUCCAACGAGAGCUUAGGGAGUACAUCAUACCGGAAGUGGUAGAUGCGUAUCUCAGUGCUGAUCAGGAGUCGCUGCAAAUGUGGUGCGGAGAAGGCACAUACAAUGUGCUAUGGGCUACAUUAGACACAUAUCUACGCCAAGGUUUGGUCAGCGAUAGCAAAGUGCUUGAUAUUCGCCAGGUCGAUAUUACUGGCGGCAAGAUUCUAGAGAAUAACGUUCCUGUGCUCAUUGUCACCUGCACGACACAAGAGGUACUGAUCUUCCGUGACCCAAAAACUAGAGAGAUUGUUGUCGGUCAGGAAGACCGAGUAGAGCAAUGCACGUAUGGUGCAGUCAUCACCCGAAUACCGGAAGAGAUGGAUAAUGAAAUAACGGGAGGAUGGAAAGUUGUCGAGAUGGCCAGGAGAGCUGCUCGCGCAUAUCUAUAG